UCAGUAAUAAUAUUUCCCUGUUUAUUUCUUCCCUCUUAUCUUUUGUCAGGUUGUAAGAGAUGUCACGGCCAUAAUGCAGUUUUGUAAUGAGGUACAUCUGCUCUAUGGUGUCGUCACCUAUAGGUGUUCGUUAAAAGGAAAAACCUGAAGGUUAAUACUUGCAAUACAAAAGCCAGUACCUUAAAGAACUUCAGAAUGUCUACCAAACAGAUCAGGAGCCUAUUGGAGGAUCCUUUAUUGUAAGAUUUUGCAUGUUUUUUACUUCUCCUUUUCUACAUGUUGGUAUCUCUUAGUAGUUUGCAACAAACGUCAGUUAGGCAUUGUUUUGCACUUACUUGCCUUUCUCUGAAAUGUAUGCCAUUAAGAGCUGGAUAAUCUUACGAUGCUUCUAUGUGCAUUAUCCAACUACAGUUCAGUUUCGGUUUAUAUUCCUCAUCAAAUGAUGCCUGCUCAAGACCUCAAGACUUUGUUUUGUUUCAUUGAACUAAGCAUAACCGUCCUGCAUGCUGUUGUGUUGCAUGCUCAACUCAGUUCUGCCCCAAAAAAUCCCUGAAUGAGCUUUUGCAUGAGCGUAGUUGUGAAAUAUGAACUCUUUGUAUUGCUUAUGUCAACCACCACUUCACAUUACCUAACUUUAGAAUGUGGGAUUUCCGAUGAAAUAUCUGUUAUCACAAAACAGCCAUUUUUUUUAUAACUAAACAAAUAAAUAGUCAGUUGGGCAUGGAUGACAAAACAAGAGCCUAUUGUGGCUGUUAGUCUUUGUUUGUACCUACAUUUAACUGAUUUCAUAAAAAAAGACUGAAGGACUUUGUUGGUAAAACCGUGAAGAGAUUUGUUGAGUGUAUCAGUCCACUACAACAAAGAUAUUUUACACGUGGGGAUGGGAGCAGCACGUGUUAAACAUCGCUUCAUUGCUGUGGUGGAUGGGCCAGUGGAGGAGGAGGAGGUCAUGAGGCUAGCACAAAGUGCAAGGGCAGGAGAGAGUCCAACGGGGUCCAGAGGCCUAAACAGCUCCUCUCCAAUCCAUGCCCUAAAUGGCAAAGCUCUUCCUCUUCAGAGCAACACUAACAAUGCAUGGAACCAGAGCGCUAUUGAUGAGCCAGCUGGGAGAGAUGCUGGAGGAGAAGUUAGAGUGAGAGCAGGAGGAAUAUGCUCAGGUCCAAGGAAUACCAAAGGAGGUAGGGAAGGGGGGAGAGGGGAAGGAUGUUCUUCAUCAUACCAGGAUUCCCUGUCUUCCCCCUCCACUACCAGCCGGCAACGCAGCAGGCGCUCAAACCGCCGGCCCCGACAACGCUUUGUGGGCAAGGACGGACGCUGCAACGUCACCUUCGUCAACAUGAGUGAAAGGGGCCAGCGGUACCUCAGCGACCUUUUCACCACCUGUGUAGACAUACGCUGGCGCUGGAUGCUGGUCAUCUUCACGCUCUCCUUUAUUCUUUCCUGGCUUCUCUUUGGUUUUGCCUUCUGGCUCAUUGCCUCUGUGCAUGGGGACCUCUCCAUUCAACUUACCCCCAGUUCUGGUUUUUCUCCUGGAUCAGGAGAAUCUGGGUCUGGAGGAGAGUCUGAUAGAGACACUGGGGGAGAAGAGCCAUGCUUCCUCCAAGUAAAUAGCUUCAUGGCAGCCUUCCUGUUCUCCUUGGAGACGCAGACAUCCAUCGGUUACGGAUUCAGAAGCGUGACCGAAGAAUGUCCCCUGGCGGUGCUGGCGGUCGUUUUGCAGUGCAUCGUGGGCUGCAUUAUUGACGCCUUCAUCAUCGGGGCAGUCAUGGCCAAGAUUGCCAAGCCCAAGAAACGCAACGAGACUCUGGUGUUCUCUGACACUGCUGUGGUGGCCCUAAGAGAUGGAAAACUCUGCAUGAUGUGGAGGGUGGGAAAUCUACGGAAGAGCCACUUGGUUGAGGCGCAUGUGAGAGCACAACUACUGAAGCCAAGGAUGACACCAGAAGGGGAGUACCUGCCCCUUGACAACGCAGACAUUAACGUGGGUUUUGAUACUGGCACCGAUCGCAUCUUUUUGGUGUCUCCUGUGACAAUAGUGCACGAAAUCAAUGAAGAAUCACCUUUUUAUGAGAUAGACAAAAAAACCUUGAAGAGUGACUCUGAAUUGGAGGUGGUGGUCAUACUGGAGGGAAUGGUGGAGGCCACAUCGAUGACAACACAGUGCCGCAGCUCCUAUCUGGCUUCGGAAAUACUCUGGGGACACCGUUUUGAACCAGUGCUAUUUGAGAGGAAAAACGGCUACCAGGUUGACUAUUCGUUUUUCCAUCGGACCUAUGAAAUCCCAAACACGCUAUCAUGCAGUGCUAGAGAGCUGGCCGAGCAGAGGUACACUGGAAGCUCAAGCUUGUCUUUUUGUUAUGAGAAUGAAGUGGCCCUGGAGCUCACCUCCCCGGAUGAGGAACCAGAUCGAGAGCAGGAGCCUUUCUCCCCACCGACCCGAAGACCAUCCUUUGAAGCGUAGGAGUAUAAAGUUGUAAGAAAGACCGAAAGCUUCAAUGGACAGCAAGAAAACAUAAAGGAUUUAUUUGGGUAGAUCAAGAGUGAAGUACAAGUCAAAUAUCUAUGAAUUCCCAGGGAAAGCCCGGGGUGAUUAAACACUUGAAAGAGGAAAAGGUCAGAUAGUUGUUCGGGGAGUUUGGUCCCAACCCUGACCGAGUUGUUUGAUUGGCCCUGGCAGUCUUUCAGAAUCAUUGAAACUUGUUGACUAAGUCUCACAUCUGGCCCAUCACUACCACAGCAUCUUCAGCUCACUCCAACCCCCACAGAAGGG